UAACGUUUGUUUCUGUAAGACAAAAAUAAAAGAUUAUCUGAACUAUUAAUGAAAUAUUUAGCUAAGCUGAUUUAUAGCCUUAGAUUAUCGAUUGUAUUCUCCAGUGAUCUGUAUUUAAUAUGUUUCCAAUAGGUUCAUUUCAGCCAACAAAUGAAAUGAUGCUCAAAUUCUAUAGCUUCUAUAAGCAGGCAACUGAAGGACCCUGUAAACUUUCAAGGCCUGGAUUCUGGGAUCCUAUUGGAAGAUACAAAUGGGAUGCUUGGAGUUCAUUGGGUGAUACGACCAAAGAGGAAGCCAUGAUUGCAUAUGUUGAAGAAAUGAAAAAGAUUCUUGAAACUAUGCCUAUGACUGAGAAAGCUGAAGAGUUGCUACAUGUCAUAGGUCCAUUUUAUGAAAUUGUAGAAGACAAAAAGAGUGGCAGAACUUCUGAUUUAACCUCAGCUGAAAGCAGUGAUAGUGGAGCUGAGUCUGAGGAAGAAGAGGCCCAAGAAGAAGUGAAAGGAGCAGAACAAAGUGAUAAUGAUAAGAAAAUGAUGAAGAAAUCUGCAGACCAGGGGCACCUGGACCAUAAGAAUUUGGAAAUCAUUGUUGCUAAUGGCUAUGAUAAAGACAACUCUGCUCAGGAUACACAGAAUGACAUUCAUGCCGGUUCUUCCUUGAAUGGCAGAAGUGCUGAAGAAAUAAAGGCUGUAGAUGAAAACUUGGAGCAAACUGGAAAAGAUGCUGUCUGCAUUCAUCAAGAUAUAAAUGAUAAUCAUGUUGAAGAUGUUUCAGGAAUUCAGCAUUUGACAAGUGAUUCAGACAGUGAAGUUUACUGUGAUUGCAUGGAGCAAUUUGGACAAGAAGAGUCUUUAGACAGCUUUACAUCAAACACUGGACCAUUUCGAGAUUACCUGGAUGGUGAUCCCAAUCAGCCCUUGGAAUAUUCUGCUUUUCCUGAAGAAGGAUCUCCUGGAAAAGGCAACAUUGGGGAAAUGCAGGUGGUAGCAGUUGAAGGAAAAGGUGAAGUAAAGCAUGGAGGAGAAGAUGGGCGGAGUAACAGCGGAGCACCACACCGUGAGAGACGGGGUGGAGAAAAUGAGGACUUCUCUAACGUCAGAAGAGGGAGAGGGCAUAGAAUGCCACACAUGAGCGAAGGAUCCAAGGGUCGGCAAGUAGGAAGCGGAGGUGAUGGGGAGCGCUGGGGCUCUGAUAGAGGGUCAAGAGGCAGCCUCAAUGAGAUUGCUCUCGUCCUCAUGCGCCUGCAGGAGGACAUGCAGAACGUCCUUCAGAGACUUCAUAAACUGGAAACACUAACGGCUUCGCAGGCAAAAUCAUCAACAUUACAGACCUGUAAUCAGCCUCCCUCACAGAGACCAUCUUGGUGGCCCUUCGAGAUGUCUCCUGGUGCAUUAACUUUUGCUAUCAUAUGGCCUUUUACUUCCCAGUGGUUGGUGCAUUUAUAUUAUCAAAGAAGGAGAAGAAAACUGAACUGAAGAAAAUGAUAUUUUCCCCAAGAAGACUACGGGGCCUGAAUGACCUCAGAAUGAAAUGGAAUGUGGAACUCACAAGAAAUCUUAGUUUGUGAUGAUUACAUUUCUUUUUGUCGUCGAAUAGUUUGGUUUGUGUACAUAUAUACAUAUAUAUAUAUAUUUUGCACUACACAAAUGAUAACAUUUUAAGGACUAAUAUUGCUGAUACUUGAAUAAUUAAUCUCAACUAGGUUAUAAGUAGCAUACAUAGAUUUGCCCUACCCUUGAACUUGAAGGACAUUAAAUUAUUAAUUAUUGUUUGGUAACAUGUUUACCUGAUUAUCUCCCAUAGAGAACUAUAAGCUGCUUUUCCAAGGUACAGUUGUGAUAAUGAGAUGAGAUUUGUAACUGGAU